AUGAAUCAAUCACACGUGCGGCAAACUCGGUCCCGAACAAAGGCCAUGCAAAAUACUAACCUCACUUUGGACGAUGCUGAUAAGGUAUCGAGUUGUUCUUCCGAGAGCUCGUUUAUUCCAUCGAUGAUUGAUAUCGACGGCGGAGAAGGACAGGAAUGCAUCCGAUGCAAUCGACCAAACAACGCAGAACGAUACAUGGUGCAGUGCUCGAACUGCAACGGCUGGUGCCACUUUACAUGCGCCAAUGUAAACACAGAAUCGGCACGGUCAUCUAGUUUCGUGUGUGGAUGUGUAACAAACGUUGCCGGACGAGUACCGAGCGUAAUUAGUGGCAUUUCGGAGACCUCCAGUGUUCGAAAAGCUAGAGUGGAACGAGAUCUUCAGCGUUUGCAGGAAGAACAAAAACUUUUGGAGGACCUAGAGAAGGAAAGGAUUGAAAAGGAAAGAGCUUUGGUCGAGCGCGAACUACGUGAAAAGCUGGAGCGCGGGAAACAGUUCAUAGCGAGGAAGCAUGAAUUGUUGAGUCAACAAGACGUUGAUGAGGUGAAAAGUGUACGGAGCAUGCGCAGUAGCCAACGAAGUACGCAACGAACUGCAGAUUGGGUGAAGCGAACCGGGAUCGCAGAGAUUUCCGGUGAGGAUGUCGUUGGGAAGACAUCUACGCCCCCGACUCUAAACGACGAUCAACUAGAGAAUGCAAAUUCGAGUAAUGCGCAGGAAGUACACCCCUCUUCUACCCCGUUAGGUACUCCUGCAGCUCUUGUUCCUCAAGCCGUUCAUGAUGCUACGGAAUUAGAGGACAAAUCGAUUCCGGGUACCGUUCAAAGUCUCACAUUUCAUAAUCCCGAAGAUUCAACAGCUGGCACUGUAGGAAAUGGUGAUGGCGGGAAACUACCCAAUUUGUCCCACGUCAAUCUUCAGCCGUUCCCAAGCAUGGAUAUGCUGAAAAUGGAAGUAGUUUCUGCGACGAAUAGUGGAAUGCUUCCGAAAUUGAAUCGGCCUUGCUACAAACGGUGGAGUGUGGAAACCGGGGAGCUACGCAAGCAAAAUGCUCUACAACGACAAGCAGAAACUGAUGCUCGAAUGAUCCAGGAAUUGAACGCGAAACAUCAACUGGAGGUGGACGAGGGGCGUAGGCGAGAGGUGGAUCUAAUAAAUAAAAUUAGGUCGCUGGAAUCGCAAAAUGCAACUGAGCGGAAUCGAAUUCGUGAAUCGGAGGAAGGUUUGCGAGAUCAGCUCGAACAGCGCACUCAGCAACAAGCGGCUUUGCGGUCAGAUAUCAAUCUUCUAAAAAAGCAACACGGCGAACAAAUCGAGCUGCUUAAGAAACAGUAUGGCGAGGAAAUCGACAAACUUAACAGUCGUCACGGCCCUCAGCAAGCGGCACUCCGGGAUACGAUAAAACACCUGGAGAAAGAAAUCGAACUGCAGCGUAUGUCGGCGGUAGAUUUACGCAAGCAGUUUGACCAGCGUAACCAGUACUGCGCAGAGCUUCAACACCAGGUGGUAGACCUGGAAAAUGAAAUUCGCCUUUUACGGGAAGCAGAAAAGACAUCGCAAGUUGCGCGGGAUGCGGCCAACGAACGAGAGGUUGAAGCGAUGCGGCCCCGCAGGCGCACGGAAAAGGACGGUUUGGAGCCUCGCGAGUCGGCCCAAGAAGAAGUACAAGGCAAUAAUAGGGCCGGUAACGACAGGCAAUCGGUGUUGGGUCCAAAUCCGGGGUUGGUUCCCCACAACACUCUCGGGAACUUGGGGCCGUCUCCUCAACAGCUAGCGGCUAGACAGGUGGUCACCAAAGAGCUACCAGUUUUCUCCGGAGAUCCAGUCGACUGGCCACUUUUUACAAGUAGUUACCAGAAUUCCACGGAGCUAUGUGGUUACUCCGAUGCAGAAAAUCUUCUUCGGUUGCAACGUAGCCUUCGAGGUGCCGCCAAGGACGCAGUCAGCAGCUUCUUGCUUCACCCGUCAACGGUUCCUCAAAUCGUGUCAACAUUACAGCAACUCUACGGUCGUCCGGAGCAGAUCGUCAACAACAUGAUUGCGAAAGUUCGAUCAGUUCCACCACCGAAGGCGGACAGAUUGGAAACGUUGGUAAGUUUCGGGCUUGUUGUACAGAAUCUUUGCGGGCAUCUAAAGGCUGUUGGGUUGGAAAAACACCUGUCGAAUCCAAUUCUGCUGCAAGAGCUGGUUGACAAGCUACCAGCAACGGUGAAGUUUAGCUGGGCGCUUUACCAAGAUCAAGUUCCACUAGCAGAUCUGCAAGUGUUCAGCGACUACAUGGGUAAGGUAUUAUCGGCAGCGAGCGGUGUAACGCAACAUGUGGGCGUCCCUCAAAAGUUUGUGAAAGAGGAACGGAGUAAGCCGAAGGAGAAAUCGUUCGUGAACACGCAUAUUCCGACAGAUCAGCAGAUAGGCAAGCGCCGCGAGGAAGCCGAGAAUGGUGUUCCCAGCGACAGAGUACAGAAGCCGAGAGACGGUGGUACACGUAACAAAUCGUGUGUAGUCUGUAAUCGUGACUGUCAUGGACUGAAGAAUUGUGUGGCUUUCAAAGCUUUGGACAUCGAUAGUAAGUGGAAAGCAGUAAAGACACAUAGACUGUGCUCGCGAUGCCUCAUGCCACACGCACGUUGGCCCUGUAAAGGAGAAAUUUGUGGGGUCAAUGGGUGUCCGAAACGGCAUCACCGGUCAUUGCAUUUUGAGCCCCCAGUAGAAUCAAAAUAUACCGGUGCAGUAGUUAGCGUACAUCGCCAGCCCUCGUCUUCAACGCUUUUCCGCAUCCUCCCGGUAACCUUGUUUGGGCAAAACGGUCAGCUCAACACGUAUGCCUUCCUAGACGACGGAUCAUCUGUGACGUUGGUAGAACGAUCCAUUGCAGACGCGCUUGGAGCCCGCGGCGAUGUGGAAACAUUGCACCUUCAGUGGACCGGAGGAAUCAACAAGAAGAUCACUGGGGCAGAAGUCGUCACAAUGGACAUAGCCGAAAUGGGUGGGCGUAAACGGUUCAAGCUUACCGAUGUAUACACCGUCGGAAACCUUGGGCUCCCUCAACAAACUUUAAAUUUCACAGAACUUGCAACACGGUUCGACCAUCUCAAGAAUCUUCCAGUGAAGGGCUUUGAUUCGGCGGUACCGGGAAUUCUCAUUGGUCUCAGUAACGCGCAUCUGUUAGCUACGCUUAAACUUCGACAAGGCAGAUCUGACGAGCCGAUAGCCACGAAGACCAGGAUUGGGUGGGCGAUAUGUGGCAGUCUGCGAAAGCCUAUCGUGCAUCGACAACUACAUAUGAAUACUGAGCCGUCUAACGCUGAGCUGCACGAAUACGUCAAACACUUCUUCGACAUCGAGAGUCUGGGGGUUGCGGCUGCAGCAACCGUCAAAGGAGUAGAGGAACAACGUGCUUAUAAGAUACUAGCAGAAACCACGCGGCGACAGGAGAACGGGAAGUUUGAAACAGGGCUACUCUGGAAUCACGAUUAUGUCGAGUUCCCGGACAGCAGGCCUAUGGCGGAGCGACGCUUCAAAUGUCUUGAAAAACGAUUGGCACGGAACCCAGCCCUGUAUGACAGCGUUCGUCAGCAAAUUGUGGACUUCAAAUCCAAGGGAUACAUCCACGAAGCAACGAAGGAGGAGUUGGAUGGCUACGAUCUGCGGCGCACUUGGUACUUGCCGAUUGGAGUGGUGGUCAACGAGAAGAAGCCCGGUAAAAUCAGAGUAAUCUGGGACGCAGCAGCGAAGGUGGAUGGCGUGUCGCUUAAUUCGAUGCUGUUGAAAGGUCCAGAUCUCUUAACACCGUUACUGUCCGCAUUGUUCCAGUAUCGGGAACGACAAGUUGCAGUCUCCGCAGACGUCAAGGAGAUGUUCCUGCAAAUCAUGGUUAGAGCACAGGAUCGCAGCGCACUACUGUUCCCGUACAGGGAUUCCCCCGAAUUACCGAUGAGUAUCAUGGUCUCCGACGUAGCAAUCUUCGGUGCGGCCUGCUCACCAACGCAGUCUCAAUACAUUAAGAACUUGAACGCUUCGGAACAUGAGUUGGAGUUUCCACGAGGAGCAGCGGCAGUGAUAAAGAAGCACUACGUGGAUGACUAUGUGGACAGUUUCGAUACUGCGGAAGAAGCGAUUGAGGUAGCCAAGGAAGUAAUCGAGAUUCACAGACGAGCAGGAUUCCAUAUUCGCAACUGGAUGUCCAGUAACCGAUUCGUGUUGGACAGCUUGGGCGAGGCGAAUCUGAAACAAUCGAAGGCCAUGCUACCGGACAAAGAAACCGCAUUCGAACGAGUACUGGGAAUGGCGUGGCAGCAAGACGAGGACAUCUUUACGUUUUCGCUACAGUUUUCUGAGAGAGUACAAAAUCUAAUGGACGGUACUACGAUUCCUACAAAGCGAGAGAUGCUUCGACUCGUCAUGAGUAUUUUUGACCCUUUGGGAUUGGUGGGAUCGUUUGUCAUCCACGGUAAAAUCCUCAUUCAAGAGGUCUGGCGCUCGAAUACGGAAUGGGAUAGCAGGAUUCCAAUGAAUAUCGCGACGCGUUGGAUGGAGUGGACAGCAGCACUCAAGCAGAUGGAAGGCAUACGUAUUCCUCGUUGUUACUUUCCCAACUACCAUCCGGAUAGUUUCAAAUCGCUUGAACUUCACGUGUUUGUAGACGCGAGUGAGCAAGCUUAUGCAGCGGUUGCAUAUUUCCGCAUCGUGGAUAAUGGACAGGUCAGGGUCGCUCUAGUCUCGUCAAAGACGAAGGUGGCACCGUUACGAGGAUUAUCGAUACCACGAAUGGAAUUGAUGGCAGCAUUGCUGGGAGCUCGAUUGCGGAAGACUAUUGAGGAGAGUCAUUCGUUGACGAUACGCAAAACCUAUUUCUGGAGUGAUUCAUCGACAGUUUGCUCCUGGAUUAAAUCAGACGUUCGAAGGUAUCGGCAGUUUGUAGCCUUCAGAGUGAACGAAAUUCUGAGCCUGUCAAGUAUCGACGAAUGGCAAUGGAUCUCGACCAAGGUCAACGUCGCGGACGAGGCAACCAAGUGGGGGAAGGGACCCGUUUGCAAUGUGGAUAGUCGCUGGUUUCGAGGACCGGACAUCCUGUACGAAAACGAGAGAGCAUCGACAACGAUUGCGGAAGAAGCCAUCGAUGAAAGCGACAAGGAAUUGCGUGAGGCGCACGUGCACAGUCAUCUGGUCAGACACCCAGUGAUCGAUGUGGAUAGGUUUUCGAAGUUCGAACGACUGCUGCGUUCUACAGCGUAUGUUCAUCGUUUCGCCGAUAGAGUACGUUCGUUGGGUGGAUCCACGGAUACUGUCGGACUGACGAGCGAAGAAAUACGGAAGGCCGAACGUACACUGUGGAUGACUGCGCAAACUGAGGCGUUCCCAGACGAAGUGUUCAUCUUGAAGAAGAAUCGUGAAGAAGGACGAACUGGUGGGAAGCAAUUAGGAUCGUCAAGUAAACUGUUUAAGCUAUCUCCAUUCUUGGACGAGCAUGGAGUAUUACGUGAAGCAACUCGAGCCGCAGAGGCAGAGAUACUGUCGUAUGAUCAGAAGUUUCCCAUAAUCUUACCCAGAAAACACCGAAUCACGGAACUGCUGCUGGACUAUUAUCACCGAAAAUACCGUCAUGCAAACGACGAAACCGUCGUUAACGAGCUGCGUCAAAGGUUUUCCGUUUCACGGCUGCGAGUUGAAGUACGUAUGUCCAGGAAACGCUGCAUAUGGUGCCGUGUUUAUAAAGCGAUGCCGGUAGCUCCAAAAAUGGGCCCACUUCCGUCGGUCCGGUUGGAACCCUUCGUACGCCCCUUCUCGUAUGUGGGUGUUGACCUCUUCGGUCCCUACUUGGUGAAAAUUGGAAGAGGAGUGGCAAAGCGGUGGGUCUGCUUGUUUACGUGCCUGACAAUACGGGCUAUCCAUCUAGAGGUAGUGGCUAGUCUAUCUACGGAUGCGUGCAAGAAGGCGAUAAGGCGAUUCAUUGCACGACGUGGUUCCCCUCAAGUGAUCUACUCCGACAACGGGACAAAUUUUGUUGGAGCGAAUCGGGAGUUGCAGGAAGAAAUGAAGAGGAUCAACGAGGAGUUGGGUAGUACUUUCACAAACGCCCACACCCAGUGGAGGUUCAACCCACCUGCCGCCCCUCACAUGGGGGGUUGUUGGGAAAGAAUGGUCCGGGCAGUGAAAGCAGCCUUAGCGUUUGUUCCGGUAGUGCGAAAGCUCGACGACGAGUCGUUCGCUACAGCACUUGUAGAAGCCGAAAGUAUGGUGAACUCUCGACCGCUCACCUUCGUUCCUCUAGAUACAGCCAAUCGUGCAUCUCUGACUCCCAACGACUUCCUACUUCUGAGUUCAAACGGAGUACGAGAACCGGAGAAGUUCCCUACGGAUUCUGGAAUGGCCCUGCGGAGUAGCUGGAACCUAGUAAAACACACUUUGGAUAACAUUUGGCGUCGUUGGGUGAGGGAGUAUCUACCAACGAUAACUCGGCGGACGAAAUGGUUCCAGGACGUAGCACCAAUAAAAGUAGGAGAUCUAGUUCUCGUGGUUGACGAAAACGUGCGGAAUAGGUGGUUGCGAGGACGGGUAGUCCGAGCAUUUCCGGGAAAGGAUGGAGUGAUUCGCCGGGCAGAAGUGCGGACUUCUGGUGGGUUACUAAAGAGACCUGCUACAAAGUUGGCAUUGCUGGACGUCGUAAGCUCUGGUGCCGCCAAAUCGGAAGUUGUGGCGACACGGGGGGGAGGAUGUUCGCCGCAACAGCCCCUUGUAGCGUUUGCAACAAACGGUAACCGACGCGACACGCUGAUCCCGACAGUUGAUACAAACAUCUCAACCGUCAUGACAUGA